CCUCCCUCCCUCCCUCCCCUUCUCUCUCUGCCCCUGCUCCUCCAUCCACGCACACUGGCGCUCACUUGAUCCUGGUUGUCGCUGUGUUUUCCUGCGUCUCCUGCUCCGGCUCCACAAUAGAGGACACAGCCAGCCAGAGAAGGCCCUGGUUGCGGACGAGGGACGCAAACCCAUUGAGGAACAGAGAGAGAGAGAGAGAGAGAGAGAGAGAGAGAGAGAGAGUGUCUGAGGGAGAUGGAGCUCAGGGGCGUGGCGUGGGGCUUCAGCGUGGCCCUCGCGCUGGUCUGCGGAGUCCGCUGGCCCCCGGCGCACUCCAGCGCCCUGGCCCCCGAAAACGAGGUGCCACUGAGGCCAACCGUGGGUCUGGAGGAGGGCAGGGUCACCACCGUGGCCCUGCCCAAGGGACGCACCCGGAGGCUUUACUUCACGCUAAAGAAGAAGGCGGUAAUGAUGGCUGUGACGGUUAGUCCCUGUGAUGCCCCCCUGGAAUGGAGCCUGACGUCUCGCACCAUCAAGGAUAGACCCCUCAAGAGCCUGCCAUGGAGCAGCAAGAAAAGCGUUCCGGAGGUCUGGUGGAGGGGCCCCGGGAGCGAGGACAAGAUCUACAGCUACACGGGCAACGCCAUGGACAACUACACGGGCCCCCCCCACGCUGCCGCCUCCAUCUACGUCCUGAGGCUGCGCAGCAAGGAGGAGGACACCCGCGCAGAGGUGUACCUCCAUGUGGGCCCCGGAACCUCGGGGGCCUUCCCCCAGCUGCCGGCCGACCCUCGCGUCCACAUCCUGGGGGUGGGAAUGACCAGCGUCACCCUCAGCUGGGAGCCCAGCCCCUCCCUGGCCAGGAAGGGCUACGACUACUGCGUCCUGGUCAACCCCCACCACAACUACCCCAGCAUGUGUGCUGCCCGGGAGGGCCCCCGCAAGGACAGGGAGGCGGACAAACCCCCAAGACGAGGAGGGGGGGCGAGGAAGGACGUCCGAGGGAAGGGGACCGGCUUGUGGCCGCUGACCAAGGACCUAUGGCGGGCGCCGCAGCAGCAGCAGCAGCAGCAGUCCCAGUGGAAGGGGUCUUACGGCAGAGAGACCCGGCCGGAGACCCCUCCCGCCCUCCGAGACGCCGACGCCGCCCCGCCAUGCGUGUGCCGCGGCGCGGAGAACGUGUGCACCGUCUCCGAGCUGCUCCCCGAGGUCCAGUACUACUUUGACGUCUUCGCGGUGGACGCGGCCAACGGCACCAGCGCGGCGUACACGGGCACCUUCGCCCGCACGCACGAGGAGGCGCGGCCCGCCGUGGCCCCGCUGCGGGAGGGGGAGCUCCGCUGGGUCACCUUCCGAGGCGAUGCCCCCGGCGCCGCUGCCGCCCACACGGAGGAGCAGCUCUUCAGCUUCCGCCCGCGGGGCUGGCAGCAGAACGGCCUGCUCACGCUGCAGAGCUGUGGCAGCGGCGGCGGGUCGUCCAAAGGUCAAAGGGUGAAGGUCACCGUGUCGACCAAGGGCAGGGUGCUGAGCUCCCAGGCGCUGGGGGAGGAGCUUGUGCAGGUGUGGCUCCACGGCAGCGCGUCGUACCUGGUGCACCUGGAGCGCGACGUGGCGGCGGGCGGGGAGGGCCUGAGGGUGAAGAUGCAGACCUCGUCGGCGUACCACCGCAUGGGGGCGCCCUCGCUGCCCUCCACCCUGCAGAUCAAGUCCUUCAAGCGGCUGCGCGGCUGCAGGAGCGUCACGCUGGCCUGGAUGGGCACGGAGGAGCGGAGCUUGUACUGCGUCUACCGCCGGAUGCUCCCCCCGGUGGGGCCCGGGGACGGCACAGCGCCCACUGCCGCCGCCACCGCCACCGCCACCGCUCCCUGCCUGGGGCCCGAGUCCCGACCCGACACGGAGCAAGUUCUCUGCAAGUACUUCCAGGAGCUGAACCCCCGGCGGGCCGUGACCACAGCUGUGAUAGGGGGCCUGGAGCCAGGCAGGGCGUACGUGUUUGAUGUCUACCUAAUGAGACGCUGGGGGAUCGCCGUCAAGUAUGUCAGCAAGACCAUCAGGACAAGGAGGGAGUGCUGAGCUGAGCUGCUGCCCCCUGCAGGUGGAAGUGUGAACUGUGAGAGAGCAGAGAGAAGGAGAUAUGAGAGAGAGAGAGAGAGA